AUGUCUUCGGCGACGCAGCAGCAGCCGCCACCGGCGGCGCCGCCGUACCGGCCAUACCGGCAGGUGCGCGCGGCGACCCCGCACGCCCGCGCCAUCUCCUGCGUGCGCUUCUCCCCCUGCGGGCGCCUCCUAGCGACGGCCUCCCUCGACGGCACGGUCGCCCUCCUCUCCCCGUCCUCGCUCGCCGUCAUCGCCAACCUGCGCGGCCACACGCAGGGCGUCUCCGACCUGUCCUGGAGCACGGACUCGAAUUACCUCUGCUCCGCGUCCGACGACCGCACCCUCCGCAUCUGGGACAUCCGCUCCAUCCUCCCCGGCCCCAAGCCCGCCGACCCCAACGCCGAUCGCUGCAUCCGCGUGCUCAAGGGCCACACCAACUUCGUCUUCAGUGCCAACUUCAAUCCGCAGACCAGCUCCCAGGUCGCCUCGGGGGGAUUCGACUGCACCGUGCGCAUCUGGGACGUCAGCAGCGGCCGCUGCAUCCGCGCCAUCGACGCGCACUCUGAGCCCGUCACCUCCGUCCACUUCAUCCGGGACGGGUCGAUCAUUGUGUCGGGGAGCCAUGAUGGGAGCUGCAAGAUUUGGGAUGCGGGAACUGGCUCUUGUCUCAAGACAGUCAUUGACGACAAGAAGCCAGCGGUUUCCUGCUCAAUGUUCUCACCAAAUGGCAAGUUCAUCCUCGUCGCUACGCUCGAUGACUCACUGAAACUAUGCAACUAUGCUACUGGCAAGUUCUUGAAGGUAUAUAGUGGGCAUGUGAACAGAGUAUACUGCAUCCAGUCUGCGUUUUCUGUCAGGAACGGGAAGUACAUUGUUAGUGGGUCGGAAGAUAAAUGCGUAUACAUAUGGGACCUCCAAGGGAAAAACAUUCUUCAGAAAAUGGAAGGCCAUACCGACGCUGUCAUCUCGGUGUCAUGUCAUCCAACAGAGAACAAAAUUGCUUCUGGCAGCCUUGAUAAUGACAAGACUGUGAGACUCUGGGUCCAAGAUGGCUGA